AUGGUCAAAGCGGUCACAGCGCGAGCAACAGCAACAACAGCCGCAUUGUACGUAGCAAAUCAGCAAUUGCAGUUACAACAGGAUCAGCCAAACGCCAAGAACGCGACACAACAACAGCAGCAACAGCAAAGAGAGCAGAACUAUUUCUUUACGCCGCAAUCGCAGCGAAGUCAAAAGCAUAGCUCUGCUGUCGACGCUGAGGUGGUGGAGGAGGGGGAGCCGUGUGGCAAACGUAUUGCUGUUGCGUCGCCCAGCAAAAUGGUAAUACCAUCAUCGGCCGCAACAGCAGUAACAAACAGCAGCAGCACAUCAACAGCGGCAUCCACGUCCACUGCAACUGGAGUAGCAACGCAUAACAGUAAUACGAACGCUGCCGACGGCACCACGCCAGCAUCCCAAAAAGCGGAAGUUCGAUCCGGCCGAGCUGGAUAG